GUACACACGCCCAAUCAACCGGAGAGUAUCGCGUUACCUUGCAGAACUCGUACUAGGGGCCCAGUACGCGCUUGACCACGCUCCCGAGAGGAUCUUCUUCGUCGCUCGAACAGACGUGCUCCCGAUCGAAAGAAGUGUUCGCGAGGCUUGAACAUGCCUAACUGCCCGAAGUGCGACAAACCGGUGUAUUUCGCCGAGAGGAAGACCUCUUUGGGGAAGGACUGGCACGGCGCCUGUUUGCGUUGCGAAAAGUGCAACAAAACUUUGACGCCGGGCAGCCAUGCGGAGCACGAGGGCAAACCGUACUGCAAUCAUCCGUGCUACUCCACCCUCUUUGGUCCUGGAGGUUUUGGACGGGGAGGUGCCGAGAGUUACGUUUACAAAAAGUGAAAAGUCAAGAUAUAGAAUUAUUUUUAAUAAGGUCCUGUUACCUAUGCCGUAGAACCUAUAUUUAAUGUAACUAUUAACAGAUCACCUAAGCAUCGAUACACGAAGUACAAUUCCUUUUGUACAAAACGUUCGCAAGUUCGACGGUACGAAAUACUUAAGAUAACUAAUUUUUUACAAGAUUGUAUACCGCCUAUUGCAACUAUUUACAAGAGUGAAAUAAAUGCUCGAUGAGAAGAAAUUGAACUGUUCGAGCGCCCUAUACAUAUCAUCAACGCGUAAGGAAGGAAUCUGCAUUGCUAUUCGUCGAUCAUGCGACCAAAGGUUAUCUUUCGAGCAUAUUCUACCGAUGGUACGACAGAAAAUAUCAUCUGGGUUCACGUGUUGCAUGGUAGAUGGCGCACUUUAUUUUCCCCGCGAUCGAUUCUAAGCGGGAUUUUUAAAUUUCUACUCCUUAUAACAUAGUUCGACGUUUCUAGUUUAAAAUGAGACACAUUGUAAACGCGCAUCCUAUAGACAGGAAAUGAAAUGUCGAUACAUCGA